UUUAUGUACAAUACAGGAAUAGCAGCUGUGUAAAGGCUCAUCUGGGCAUGAUGAGAAAGUUAUGCUGCAUGAACAUUUACACCUUAUGUGAGCCUUAGAGAUCAUGGGCAAAGUGAGUCCAUAAGAAAUGAGUUUUCAGACCCUUUUUAAAUGUGGACAGAGCUUCAGCAGUCCCGAGUGAGGGAGGAGGCCAUUCCACCAUAACAGAGCCAGUACUGACUUUUGUGGUGUGAGUUACAAAUGUGUGUUGAGUUAUAUGAGCUGCAGAAGAAUGUAACUUUUUUUUUUUAAUUUAAUUACAGGUUUUUCUACGCUUAUGAGGAUGAUGAAGAGGAGGACUUUUUUGCUCAUCUUUGGCCUGCUUUUGCUCAUGUCCCCCUCGGAGGCAGAGGUGUUCACCUCAAUUGGGCAAAUGACGGACUUGAUAUACACCGAGAAGGAGCUGGUUCAGUCUCUCAAAGAGUAUAUCCAAGCAGAGGAGGCCAAGAUAGCUGCGGUCAAAAGCUGGGCAGACAAGCUGGACAUGCUGACGCAAGCCUCCACGGCCGACCCCGAGGGCUACCUGGCCCACCCGGUCAACGCCUACAAGCUGGUCAAGCGCCUCAACACGGUCUGGUCCGAGUUGGAGAGUCUGGUGCUGCAGGACCCAUCUGAUGGGUUCAUUUCCAACAUCUCUGUUCACCGUCAGCAUUUCCCCGAUGAAGAAGAUGAGAAGGGUGCAGCCAAGGCCCUGAUGCGCCUGCAGGACACGUAUAGACUGGACUCGGAGAGCUUCUCCAAGGGCAAACUGCCAGGUGUGCGGUACAGUGCCCUCCUGACUGUGGACGAUUGCUUCGACAUGGGUAAAACGGCGUACAAUGACGCAGAUUACUACCACGCGGUGCUGUGGAUGCAGCAGGCCCUCCGGCAGCUGGACGCAGGCGAAGAGGCCAUAGUCUCCAAGGUCGACUUGCUGGACUACCUCAGCUACUCCGUCUAUCAGAUGGGUGACCUUCCUCGAGCCAUAGAACUCACAAGGCGCAUGGUCGCCCUUGACCCAACCCAUGAGAGGGCUGGAGGGAACCUGCGUUAUUUCGAGAGGCUGCUGUCCAAAGAGCUGCGGGAGAGUGAGAAGAGCAAGCCUGAGCCGUCCAUGGAGAAACCCAUCGACUUGUCCACGUAUGAGCGUCCGCGUGACUACCUGCCUGAGAGGGAGACCUACGAGGCCCUGUGUCGCGGAGAAGGAGUGAACCUGACCCCGAAGAGACGCAGCCGCCUCUUCUGCCGCUACCAGAAUGGCAACAGGAAUCCCCGGCUGCUCUUGGCGCCCAUGAUGGAGGAGGAUGAGUGGGACAGCCCGCACAUUGUCCGCUUCCUGGAUGCCCUGUCUGAUGCCGAGAUGGAGAAGAUCAAGGAGUUGGCAAAGCCUAGGCUGGCGAGGGCCACUGUGAGGGACCCAAAAUCAGGUGUUUUGACUACAGCCAAUUACAGAGUGUCUAAAAGUGCCUGGCUGGAAGAGGACAUCGACCCUGUUAUCACUCGCGUCAGCCAGAGGAUAGAGGAUCUCACAGGCCUGACGGUGGACACAGCCGAGCUGCUCCAGGUUGCAAAUUAUGGUGUUGGAGGCCAAUAUGAACCACAUUAUGAUUUUUCAAGGCGUCCUUUUGACAGCAACCUCAAGACUGCUGGAAAUAGGCUUGCCACUUAUCUGAACUACAAAGAUGAGCCUGAUGCUUUCAAAUCGUUAGGCACUGGAAAUCGUGUGGCUACUUAUUUAAACUACAUGAGUGAUGUAGAAGCAGGAGGGGCGACGGUUUUCCCAGACUUUGGUGCUGCCAUCUGGCCCAGAAAGGGAACAGCAGUCUUCUGGUACAACCUGUUCAGAAGUGGCGAGGGAGACUACAGGACGAGGCACGCAGCUUGUCCUGUACUUGUAGGGAGCAAAUGGGUGGCAAACAAAUGGAUCCAUGAGCGUGGACAGGAGUUCCGGAGACCGUGUGGUUUGACGGAGGUGGACUGAGCUUUACCUGUACGUGGCCACAGUCCAUAUCGUGUGCUCCUUCUGCAUCGGACCGUGAGCUUUAUGGCUGUACCCACCCAUAUUCCCCUUGAACUAGGGUGAUGAACCGACGAUUGAACCAGCAGAGCCAGAAGAUUGAAAUAAAGUCUUACCAUCUUAUUGUCUGAUUUUGUCUUAACACUGGUGCUCCUAUGAUGGUACAUUUUAAACAUAAAUCAUGCCCAUGAAAGUCAAAUUAGAUGCUUUUACAUCUGGUUUUCCAGAUGCUGUCAGAAAAGGUGCUCAUUCCACUACCCAUUGAGUUUUAUUUAUAACCAGUGUAAAUUACUGUACAAAUGUUUGUCGCAGUGUUGAAAUGUUUAAAGGUAAAUUUUAAUAAAUGUGUUUUGAUACA